UGCUCUUCCAGAAGACGGAUGGAAUAUUUUGCAUCUCUCUUUUGUUUCAAGAGAGGCGACGGGUUCUUUAAGGGCUAAUUCCCGCCCUCUUAAAUUUGGCGGGUGGGGUUUCCUAUUCGAUGACGUCAGACUCACUCAUUGAUAAAAGUACCGGGAUUCCCUGACUGUAGGCGCAGAAAGUGUAGAUGAAACUUCCUUUGCCGGCGCGGCACGUGUCUUUGCGAGCGCUCGGGAGAAGGGCGCCGGGGCUCCUUCCCCUCCUCGUAGGGAGUGAAGAAGCCGGGCUAUCAUGGAGCCCCUUUGUUUCCCGCCUUCUCAUCCCUUCAACGACCACGUUCUGUCCUCGGAUCUGUACAAACCUUCGUUUCCCGCGAUCGAGACGCCUAAACCCACCCGUAUGGAGACAUCUAGACCGGCCGAACCCAUCCGAAUUAUUAGCGACCCAGUCACGGGCAGAUCCUACAACAAAGGCCGUCUGCUCGGCAAGGGGGGAUUUGCAAGAUGCUAUGAAGCAAUUGACCUCUCAAGCAACACAACAUAUGCCGUGAAAGUUAUCCCUCACAGCAGAGUGGCUAAACCACAUCAACGUGAGAAGAUCAUCAAUGAAAUUGAACUACACCGAGAUUUGCAUCACAAACAUAUUGUGAAGUUCUCACAUCAUUUUGAAGAUGCAGACAACAUUUAUAUUUUCCUUGAGCAUUGUAGUAGGAAAUCUUUGGCACAUAUCUGGAAGUCCCGCCAUACCCUCCUGGAGCCAGAGGUUCGGUAUUACCUCAAACAAAUAAUCUCUGCUUUGAAGUACCUCCACCUUAAAGGCAUUUUACACAGAGACCUCAAGUUGGGUAACUUUUUCAUCAAUGAAAAUAUGGAACUGAAAGUUGGUGACUUUGGUUUGGCUGCUCGCCAGGAGCCUGCAGACCAGAGAAAAAAGACUAUCUGUGGUACUCCAAACUACCUUGCUCCAGAAGUGCUGGUGCGACAAGGACAUGGGCCAGAAUCAGAUGUAUGGUCUUUGGGUUGUGUCAUGUACACUUUACUAUGUGGAAACCCGCCUUUUGAGACUUCAGAUCUCAAGGAGACCUAUCGGUGCAUCAAAUAUGUUGUAUAUACACUUCCUCCUUUCCUUUCUGUAUCGGCCAAAAACCUCCUCACUGGCAUCUUGAAACGCAAUCCGGAGGAACGCUUCACAUUGGAAGAAAUCUUGGACCAUGAGUUUUUCACGAAGGCAUAUACACCUGAUAAGCUCCCACCCAGCAGCUGCAUGAUGGCGCCCGAACUGAGCCCCCCCAACCCUGCUAAGAGCCUAUUGGUAAAGGUCACAAAGACACUCUUUAGAAAAAGAAAGUCCAGAGUUAAGAAGACUACUUCUGAAGAGAAAGAUGACAUCUCUAAGCUGGUAUCGGGCCUUGUAAAGACUUCUAUUUGUAGGCAAAUAAGUCACAAAAUGCUGGAUGGAAAUGAAGUCACUCCUGUGAAUGGUCAGAGUCCUAGCUCUAGCCCUGCAGAGACCCUAGCUGAAGAGGGUUCACAGAAGUCCAUCUUCAGAUCCAUUCGUGGGACAACAGCUAGUAGCUGUGAAGUAUUUGAAGACUGUGUCACAGCAUCAGCUCUUUUUGAAUCUGCUGUUGUGCUCCUGAAGAACUGUCUUUCUAUUAUGCCAUCAGCUGAGACGAACCCUGCUUCCCUGGCUUGCCAUGAACAUUUUGUUUGGGUGAGCAAGUGGGUGGAUUAUUCCAACAAGUACGGAUUUGGUUACCAGCUCUCCAACCACAGCAUUGGGGUCCUCUUCAAUGAUGGAACUCACAUGUCUCUCUCAGCUGACUGGAAGAAAGUGCAUUACAACCUGACAAAUAGCAAACGUUUCACCUUCCCGACUUCAGCAAUUCCCGAACAGCUACAGGAACAGAUGGGGAUUCUGCAGUACUUUGCUUCAUACAUGGAGGAGCAUCUCAUGAAGGGUGGAGAUUUGCCCAGCAUAGAAGAGACUGGACAGCUGCCCCUGCUGCUCCUACAGUGGGUGAAAACUAAUCAGGCUUUACUGAUGCUCUUCAGCAAUGGAACUUUACAGGUGAACUUUUACAACGAUCAUACGAAGUUGAUCUUCAGCAAACCUGACCACUCCUGCCUCCUUACCUACAUAAACUGUGAUAGGAAUUCCUAUACUUACAAGCUGAGCAGCAUUGCAGAACUGGGCUGUUCACCAGAACUUCAACGUCGGAUCAAGUAUAUUCUCAAACUACUGCUACAGCGAGCAGACGCUUAAGGCUGCAAGCGGAGUAGUCUCACCGGAACACUCCAUUACUCCAAGGAUGGAUACGUUAAUAGCAUAAAGGACGGCAAACUCUAGGCAUCCACAGUUGAAAGCAUUCCGAUGUCUAAUUUUCUAGAAAGGAAAACUUCAAAUCUGCACACAUGUAGCUCCGAACCACUCCUCAGGAUUCAUCCACUUCUGGAUCCCUUUCAUCAUUGUGUUUCUUGUUUUAAAAAAAAAAUGGCUUGAUGUGAAUGCUUCAGUUCACAGACGAAUGGUGUAGGGAUAGAUGCCUUAAGUUUUAUGUCUGUGCAAUCAUUGCACAAUUGGUUAUGCACAUGGUGUCACUGGGUAGAAAGGAAGGAGAAAUUACGCUCCAUACACUAUAUACAGGGUAAGGAAAGUACAAAUAUUUUUUUAUGAUGGUUUCUAGGCUUUUGGUCUAAUGCCUGAUAGCAGAUAUUUGGUAUGGAAAGUGGUGUACCAGAGCCUGAUGGAAAGAGGAGUAAAAUAUAGAAAUUGGUGGCUUUACUUGUGUUGUCUCAAGUCCUUGCAACACUACCAUCGUUUGCUCAGGAAACUGGCAUUGCACCGCUGGGAGUUGCGUUACUACCCAAGCUUCACUUGGCUCUGACUCAUGGACCAAAGCUGUGAAUUGGGUGUGGCUAUCUAGAGAAGAAAAGGCUUAUGCAAGGAAGCAGUUGUGGCAUGGCCGACUUCUCUACUGUGAAAGCAGAUAAACAGCUUCUUGUGCCAGCUAUAAUAUAGUUCUAAACAAAAAUGCUUGAGCCACUCUAGUUGGCUAGAGUGCCAAUUGCCUGUCCUCUAGAAUUGGUAGAGAAGAACUCUUCCAAAUUUGGAAGGACUAUUUAAUGGCGAGAGUUGAAUGUUCAGCCUUAAAAUCUGGAUCGAUUCAGGCUUUUAGUGUUAUUGCAAAGCACUUGAAGCUAUGAAGGAACAUGUUGGGUAAUAUAACUGUUACACUAAUUAAGCAAAUGGGACUCCUUUUUGCUGAAACUGUGAAUGACCUGUUUGCUCCAAUUUCUUGGCUGCUUUUCAGUCCAGGGUACAGCAGGAGAUCUCACAAAUUGGUACAGACUUGAACAGCUUAAAAAGAAGCUGCCCACUUGAAGUUUUGAACCUGACAGACUGUUCAGAUGUGGGGCCUACAUGGUGUGAACAUCAAAGAACUUUAUUUAUGUAUUUAUGCCAACUAUUUAUUUUGCACAUGUGUCCUAUCAAUCACGCACACCAUAUUUCCCAAAAUGCAGCAGUUUGAUUAUAAUAAACACAUUUUUAAUAAAA